AACGUCAAAAUUAAACGUAAACACCUUAAAGAUGGAUUCCGUAAUAGCAACACUAGUCCCAGAUAACGUUUUGGAAGUGAUAUUUUCGUACUUAAACCUUCACGACUUAAGAAAUUGUUCCUUAGUAUGCAAGAGAUGGUACGAAUUUUUGAACGACGAAAAUAACGACGUCUGGAGGCUACACUGCAUCCGAAAGUUGGCCGAGGAGGCACUCAAAUCCGACCUGUUAUGCUCCGUACCUACAUAUAAAGCGAAAUUAAGGGCGUUUUAUCACGCCUGGAAUCCGAACGACUGCUCUAGGAACAUUUAUAUUAAACCGAACGGGUUUACGUUACACAGAAACCCAGUGGCGCAGAGCACGGAUGCGUCCAGAGGAAAGUUGGGCUUUCGACACGGCAGACACGCGUGGGAAGUGAUAUGGGAAGGUCCCUUGGGCACGGUCGCCGUAAUAGGUAUCUCUACAAAAGACACGCCUUUGCAAUGCCACGGGUACGUCGCGCUCUUAGGUUCGGACGAGCAAAGUUGGGGUUGGAACCUGGUCGACAACCACUUACUGCACAACGGAGACGCGCAGGGGAACUAUCCGCUACUCAACAACGCUCCCAAAUACCAAGUCGGCGAGCGUAUCAGGGUUAUAUUAGACUGUGAUGAUAAUACCUUGUCAUUCGAAAAGAAUUACGAAUUUUUAGGUGUCGCAUUUAGAGGUUUACCCGACAAGAAACUGUACCCGACAGUUUCGGCGGUGUACGGCAAUACGGAAGUUUCGAUGGUAUACCUCGGACCGCCGCUCGACGGCUAACACAUUCUGUCAAAUAGCUAACGUAGUUCUUAAACGGAGGGAAAGUUACCGGAUUCGUCGUAUUAUGAUGGUUUACCAGGUUAGGUAGAUUUGCCAAUGUGAUAAUUAAAAAAAAAAAAGAGAACACUACAGUAACCCGCAGAUAGAUUAAGUACUUCCUUUGUGUCUGUUUAUUUUAAGUGCGAAAGUUACCUCGUUAGAUUAAUUUUUUAGGCUUUUUUACAUCAAUUCCGUCGAAAAUUUACAUUAGAGUGUAAUUUGUAAAUUGUAGGAAUUCUCUACUUUGUGUAUUUUUGUUCAAUUUGUCUUCCCGGACAAAUUCUGAUUUAUUUUCACUAAAAACAAUUGCACCUCAAGUCCGUUAGGUUUCUGUAAUGUAAGGUGCCAAUUAGUAUUCAGCUGUCUGUACCAAAGUUUUUUUUAAGUACAAACAUAUUAGGUGCAAUACAUUAUACUAAGACAAUUGGGUACAAUUUUGAGAUCUACCGUUUUGUUAAAAUGAACCAUUGUUGCCUUUAUAGAGUCGGCAAAUGUUAAGAUUAAGAUUUAUAUCGAUUGGAUUUUGUGUAAAAGUUACAAUAAUUUCGACAAGAUUAAUCGUAACUUAAUUUUCUUCUGUGAUAAUUCUGUAUUAUUUAUAAGGCUAAACGAGCUGUGCCUGGACUGUAUUUUUUCGUCUGAUUUUUUUAUACUUUGUAGUUUUUUUAACCGCUCACAUUGUGCGCGUAAUUUAUUAUUUAUUUUAAUUAUUUUUAUUUCUAUGAAAUGUAAAUAGUAUACAUAGACAAUGUCCUAAUGCAAAAACGCAGGCGAAACUUAAAUUUUAACUUUUAUAAAGACUAGUGCUCGGUAUAAAUUAUGUAAAUGUAACAGGAUACGGCCACGCACGAGAAGUAUGUGUUAUAACCAGUGUUUUGGUACGAACAAAUUGUUUAAUUUUUGUGAGAGAGUUAUUACAAAUUUUCAUAGUAGCCAAUCAAUAUUUGUAUGACGCAAAAUAUUGUAUGAAGUGUUGUUUGUGAAUAGUGAUAAAAACAUAAUAAAUUAAUCGAAAGUA